AAAAAAAUGCUGAAUUGGCACACAAGUAUUUUUGCGAAGCGGCCGAAAAAGGCGAUGCCAUAGCAAUGUAUAAUGUCGGAAUAAUGUAUUAUAAAGGUAUCAGUGUUAAAAGGGAUGUAACUGAAGGCAUAUAUUGGAUCAAACGUGCUGCCUGUGGUGGCAUUCCUGCUGCG